AUGGAGGAUGAAGGUUUUUCUACGUCUGAAGAGUUUGAGAAGACUCCCUAUUUUGAGGAAUCUGGAAAUCGGAAUUAUGAAAGUGAUGGUUCUGAGCAAUCUGGCUCCAAGGCGUUGCCUGAAUUCGAUAUGCAGGAGCAAGGAAUUAUGGAUUCUUCUGAAAACUCAAGCCCUUUAGGCUUGACCCUGCGAAAAACGCCCUCUUUUGUUGAUCUAGUGCACAAGACACUCGAGAAAGGAAAGCAAAAAGUUCGUUCUCAGACCAAAACGAAUUAUGGUGAGAAAGCAAAGGCUUCAAAUUUCCCCGCGAAAUUGCUUCGAAUUGGAACAUGGCAGAGGAUGACUACAUAUGAAGGGGACCUGGUAGCAAAGAUAUACUAUGCGAAACGCAAAAUUGUAUGGGAGAUUCUACAAAGACCGUUGAAGUGUAAGAUCGAGACACAGUGGUCUGAUAUUAUUGGGAUUCGAGCAAUGAUGCCUCCUAACGGAGAAGGAACUUUGGAAAUUGAGAUAAACACAAGAGGUAUGAUGGCAAUGGACCGCUCUGCUCGGGCCUUAGACACUCGAGCUCGACUCGACCUUAGCUCAUAUCCACAAACAAGCCUCGACUCAUUCUUUGGGUUGUAUGGAUAUGAGUCGAGCUCGACCCAUGGCUCAAGAGGUCCAUGUGCCAAGUGGAUGAGUUGA